CGUAUAACGAUGAUUUUGUGUUGGGUUCUCGUUUUUCUACAACAAAUAUGGAUAACUACGGGAUCAAAAGGAGAGGUAUUGCAAAUGAAUUUUCCAAGUAUAACAGUAGCUGCACAAGAAAAGGGAAAUUUAACAGCUGAGUCCGGACUAAAUGGAGAUAUCCACAUCAAUCCAGGAAAUGGUACAGGGACUGUCUAUUUUGAAGGAAUCGAUUUAUUAGAGAUAGUGAAGAUUGUGUACAGUCUACCGCCAAUUUGGAUAAACCAUUCUCAUGUAGGUUUUGUUGGAACGUAUGAAGGCGGUAAAGAGGUCGAUAUACCGUUGAAAGUCAAGGAACCAUCAGGAGGAAAAAUAAGAUUUAGCCUUGUCGCUGGAGAUUUCCCUCCCGGAAUACAUCUUGAAUCAGAUCGAAGUAGGAUAUAUGGUAUAGCACCAGACGUUGAUGCUCAGUAUAGCUUUACUAUACGUGCUACUGGAUCUCGGGGGAUGUUUGAAGAUGCAGUUUUUAAAAUGGAAACUAUCGAGUUGCAGCAUUGUCAAUAUGAACCUUGUCAUAAUGGUGCUGUAUGUAACGAGACAAAUGUCGGUAAAGGAUACGAAUGCGUGUGUGCCGAUUUCUACGGAGGGAAAGAUUGCAGUACAGAUUGUAGACAGAGUGAGGUAGGCGUUUCUCUUCCUUCAAAAAUCCCAGAUGCUCAACUGUCGGCAUAUCUUUCUCACGAAAUGUCAAAUGCUACUGAAGCUCGUCUUGACAGUGAAGAAAAGGGUUGGUGUGGAGAAAAUGCGAAUUCCUGGCUUCAGGUCGAUCUAGGUAACCGUUCUAAGAUAGCUGGUGUUACUAUGUUCGGCUACAACACCCAGUAUCUGACAGAAUCCUUCCAAUUAUCGGUCAGCACGGACGGUCAACAUUUUCAAUUUAUUAAAAAUGGGACCUCACCUAUCGUUUUCCCCGGUCGAUCUGGAAGACUGUAUUCUAGCUUACAGGAUGUUACUACUGCCAGAUUUAUUAGAUUUCACCCGUAUUCAUACAAUGCUAAAUAUGUUCCAUGUAUGAAAGUUGAACUAUACGGAUGUGUUUUGUAA